AUGGAGGAAGAAGGUAACAUAAAAAUAAAAAUAAAAACCAUCGACAACGAGGAAUUUGAACUGAGCGUAAAAGGAGACACCAGCGCAGAGGAAAUAAAAAACCUCAUUGCCGAAAGGAAAAGCGUAGACAAGCAGGACAUCCGGUUGAUCUACCAAGGGCAGUGCCUAUCGAACGAAAAAAGUGUUGCAGAUUAUAACAUACAAAAUGAUCAUAUCAUUCAUUUGGUGCUGAGGAAAAAGGAAAACCCUGCCAACCCGAAUGACGAAAAUGGGAACGCUAUGAAUGGGAAGACCGACCAGACAAAUACGAAUACCAAUGCUAAUGCAAGUGCAAGUGCAAACAUAUUUAGGAGCAACGACGGGAGCGUAAUGGCGGACCCCCUGCAUAUAAACUUCAGCUCGAAUGUCCCCUUAAAUAGCAGCAGUGGUAACACCCCAAAUGGAGGAACCGCGUCUAAUAUGCCCAAUAAUAGCGCCAACCCUAACAUGGGAGCCUCCUCCACCCCGCUCUACUUUACCCACAUGAGAUUAACAAGAAAUGACAACAUGGAUGGAGACCUGAUGGGCCAGACAAAUAUUUGCUCCCUGCUAAAUGACAUAAUGAGUCAGGUAAAUAUUAACCCGAACAUUAUUUAUGGUGCGGCGACGGCGGCUGCCACUGCGGCUGCGAAUGCGACGGGGGCAGGGACAGGGACAGGAACUGGUCUAGGGGGCGGCAUGGGAAGCGGCCUCGGAACUGGGCUUGGAACUGGACUUGGAAGCGCCAUGGGGAACGGAGAGAACAUUUUUACCGCAGCGAUGAGGACCACCGGCAUAAACCCCAACGCGAGCGAAUUUGCCGGUCAGAGCUACGUGAACAACGGGGCGAAUGAUCAGAAGAGCGAUCCGGUGAACGUGAAACGGUGCAUGGAAACGGGGACAGACGGUAAGAACCAAAGCCGAAGUGGUACUAAAGGAGGUGAUGGUGGUGGAGGGGUCCACGCAGGAGAGGGCAAAGGAGAAUCCUCAUCGGAUAAUAGCCACACCAAUGCCAAUGGAAACGAGGAAGACUACACAAAGGAGCAACAAAAAAAAAUGAAGAAAUUAAAAAAGAAGAGAAAAAAUUACAAUAAGGAUAUGAAGGUAUCGAAUAAGAUUAAGAAAAAUGGCAAGUACCAUUUUAGUCAUUCGAGUAAGGAUGACAGCUCCUCCUCCAGUAGCAGCCAGUCCGGGUCGUCCCUCCUGUCAGUCAACACGACCAUGAAGGAUGAGGAGGAAAGGAAAAAGGCACUUAAGUUGAAAAAGUAUAGCAAAAAGAAGAAACUCAAAAAUAAGCAUAAGAAGAAGAAAGGCUACUAUUCGAGUAGCUCUUCGUCGGGGUCCUCCACGGAAGAUGAACAGGAGGGUGACGACGAGGAAUGCGAUGAUGACUCUGAUGAACUAGCCAAGAAGGAGAAAAAGCACCGAAGGAGGGAAAAAGAAAAGAAAAAGAGGAAAAAGAAGAGGUACCUUUUCGACCCCAAUUUUUUGUACCACCGGAAUUAUAUGUACCACCCCAACAGCAUUAGCCACGCCAGGAUAAAUAAUCACUUCAAUCAGGUUUUCAAAGGAAGAAACGACAUGCGGUUAGGAGGGGCGUAUUCACCGUUUUUAGUAGAUAACGGGGGGAGAACGCCUGUCGGUGGGCCGUUCUACAGAGAAAGCAGGAACAGCCUCAAGUAUGGCAGAGACGACCUGAGUGACACCAACGAAAAUGCAAACGGCGCUAACAAUCACAACCAUAACCAAAACAUUGUUGAUGAUUUGAUGAAGCAGAAGGAGAGGAGGAAGAAGGCGUACAGCAGCAGCAAGGCUCUGUUUGGGAAUGUCGGCGUGCAGGACAAUUUGGUGGAUCUUCCGGGCAGCAACUUGAAGACGAACGGCGCAGGCGGACCGAUGGACGAGCACAACUAUCCAGGCAGAGGUUCCUACGCGAACAUAGUGCCCCUGAGCGACAUAGAAAGGAACAACGAGAUAGUCAGAAAUGACUCCAUGAGGACGAAUUCCAGGGUGGCCAUUAAUGAAGAAGAGGGUGCCCUCCUAUCGGAUAACAAUUCCAUAUCGGCAAAUGUGAGGUCGAUACAAAUGUCAAGCGACCGACGAAAUAGUGCAUUAGGAAGAAGUGACCUGAAAUGUUUAAACGAUGCAAACGAUUCGGAGCACAAAAACAUGGAAGUAAAUAUCCCAUGGAGAGUAAUAGAACAAUUGUUGGUCCUCCUAGAAGAAGAAACAGGAUAUCGAAGACCAGACUUAUCCGCCUACAUCAAUUCCUACAACAACACAAACUCCAUUUUUGUCUUCUUCUAUCUUUUUGUUCACAUAAACAAUAUAAUAAACAGUAUAAUUAUCCAAUUCAAUCACUCCAAUUUUAUGAACAACGAUAUUUCCAUGUCGUCUUUUUCUAGGAUUAGUAUAAUUCUAUCGCUGGCCUCUGUAGUAUUUUCCCGACUAUCCAACUUCUUCUUCGUUUUUUAUGACAACUUUUACUGCAACAAUUAUGGAAGAAGACACUACAGGUAUUCUGAUCCACUGAAUCAUGAAUUUCUGAGAGAGCUAAGAAAUCUUUACUAUUCAAAUAACGGAAGAAAUGCUCACUCGAAUAGAAGCAGUAGGUUCUUUCAAAACGACUUCUUCCCUAAUGGCAACUACGGAAGCGCAAACAUGGACGCCUUUAACAAUGAUAACUCGUCUUACCUACACAACGUCACAGAUAAUUAUUACCCUCUACCUUAUAAUGACCUGAGGAAUAGUACAAACAGAACAAACCUGCAACAGGAAUUUGAAGACUACUAUAAGAACUACCUUAAUACAGUUAAGGGAAACAAAAAUAUGUUGUUGAGAAAGGAAUUUGCUAACCAUAAGGAGAGGAGUAACAAUGGUGAAUGUUCGCAAAUGAAGGAAGAUGGUGUGAGUAGCAACCGAGUAGGCAAAGGAGACAAAGUAGGCAAUGCUAAUCCACAUGGCGAGAAAAAAAUGAGUAGCAGGUUUAGGCAGUUUGGGCAGUCUGGGCAGUUUGCACAGUGGAAUGGUACCCCCAAUAAUGUUUCCAACCAUUUGAACAAUACCCCGAAUGGCCACUCCAACAACCCCUUUUCGAACUUCCCCGGACAGGGUAACAAGUCGCUGCUCUACCCCGGCCAUAAGGAAAGGAUCGAUGAGAAAGAGGGUCAAAGGAAAGGCAGAGAUGCUUCCAAACCCUACGCCGUGAAGAAGGUACUUAAGGACGGCCACUCCUUCAAGGGCUACAGCAGCGGAGACCCAAACGAAAGCAGCAGCAAUAGUGGAGCAGGAAAUGCAGGACAUGGUGGCCCCCUCAACCACAUCUUCAACAAUCUAGUUAAGAACAAAAAUGAGGAGAAAGAAAACGGAAAAAUGGCCAGUAAUGGAAGUCACCCAAAAAGCGCACAACAGGAAGAUGAAGCAAAAGGAGAUGCCCUAAAUGCAACCAAUAGUAACUUCGCCUCCUGUGACAGCAACAUGGAUGAUAUGUAUGACGUGUCAGACGAUGGAAAGGACAAGGAGGACACCAACGUGAUGGAUCACCCUAAGGGAGAAGAUAAGGAUGGAAAACAUACCGACAAGGGGGAAGGCAUCCUUCCUAGCAGCAUCCCUCAGAAGGAAAAACCAACCGAUAAGCAUACUACUCCACAGGGCGAAAAGGCAACACAACAAAUAGUACCACAAAGCGGUGACAUAAAAAACACAGCAAGCAGCAGGACGGAUAACUCCCCCGUCACGGACAUUAGGAAAACCCCUGUCGUGAACAAUACCCCCCCCCCAAUGCCUAGCAUGAACUUUUCGAACAUUUUAAAUUGUGUGCAAAAUCAAAUGGCCGGAGGAGGCGGCAGCGCGCAGGCGGAGCCCCCUCGAGAUAAGUUUGAAGGAAUGCCAGAGGAAGUGAAGAACAGAUAUAAAACGUGGGUGGAAAAUACUCAGAUAUUCUCCGGACAGAUGAUUAAAAUUUGCAGAAACAAGCGCCCGUUAAGCAACGCCUACAUUGGCAACGGCUCAUCCAAAGAUCAAAUAUCCUUCAGCAAUUUGUUGCCAUUCCUCUGGAAAAGGAACAUGAGCACCAUAAACAUGGACGUCAACCUGGAACUAUCGGAUGACCUGCUAAACGCCUUCGACAUGCACGUACUGGAGUUUGUAAAAAAGUCCAUCAAAAAUAACGAAGACUAUAAGUUGGAAAAAUUUAAAUAUCCAACCCUCUCCCUGUGCGAAAAACUGUUUGACGAAAUGGAAAAAAAGGAUAAGUAA